ACUAACUGAGAAUCCAUUUUUUUGUUGUUGAUGUUGUUGUUGAUGCUCAUCGUAUAUACAAUUAAUAUAUUCAUUAUCUACGCCUACACAAUCUUCAACACAAUAAAUGUUUUUAAUGUUCAAUUGAUUGAAUCCAAACUUUUCAAAUAUGGGUACUCCCCUCAUUUUAAUAUCACAAGAUCCCCAAUUAACAUCCAUCAUAUACUCCUCCCCUUCUUUUCUUUCAAAGAUCAACGACUCCAAAUUGGUGCAAUUUCGUAAUUGUUUGAUUAUACUUGCGAAAUUUUUUAAUUUCCCUUCAAUUGUCAAAUAUUUUAAAUUGGUUUCCUGAGAUUUAAUGAUUUCUCCGAAUUCAAAUAAAUUCUCAGUAAUUAAAGAUUCGUUAAAAGAUAAACCUUCUAUUUUAAACUGAUGAGCAAUAAAAUCGGAAAUAUUUUUAAUGAACC